ACUGAAUCUAUGUCAAAGCUGUUCCACCUUGUGAUACGCUCAUACGUAUACGCGGUAUACGCAUAGGCGAUGUUUGUAGAUGAAUUUAUUUUUGUUUAUCUAGUUUACAGCUGUGCACACUGUUUACUGAUCUAAAUGUCCAUCCAUUCUGUUUUCGUAGCAGUAAGAUUAAAUGAUCCGUGUGUUGAUGCGAAAAUAUCUUUUGUCACGCUACAAAUGUGAAAUAGAACCAACAGUCCAGUUAUUUUGCAGAAAAAUGAGUGAUAAACCUGAAGCUCUUUUCAAUACAUCCAACAGUUGGUUCCACAAAUAUGCGACAGUAGAGGAUGCGCCAGAUGGAAUUUUUAAAGGAUUUUCAGACCGUUUCAACGGAAUAACAGUGGAUUCAAACCUGGAAACGUGUCUUCCUCAGAAUUUUCCGGCUAUAUUGAAAAAAUCUAUUUUACACUGGAUCGACAACAAGAAACGAGCGAUAUGGUUCAAAGUGCACUUGAAUGCUACGCACUGGGUUCCAGAAUUAGCGAAUAACGAAUUCAAAUUCCAUCACGCUAAAGAAAAUUUCGUCAUGAUGUAUCGAUGGUUGCCGGAAGAAACCUUGAACUUACCACCGUUUGCACAUACCAUGGUAGGAGUUGGUGCUCUAGUCUUUAAUGAUAAGAAUCAAAUUUUAGUGGUCAGCGAAAAACAUGCAUUAAUCGAGGGUUCUUGGAAGCUACCUGGUGGCUAUGUGGAACCAAGUGAAGAUUUUGUGGCUGCUGCUAUCCGCGAAGUUUUUGAAGAAACCAACAUCAAAACAAGCUUCAAGUCAAUCGUUUCAUUGCGACACGCGCAUAAGGCUGCCUUCGGUUGUUCAGAUUUGUAUAUUGUGAUAGCAUUAUUACCCGUGAGCAGUGAAAUUAAAAAAUGUGAUCGAGAAAUAUCCAUGUGCGAAUGGAUGGAUGUUGAAGACUACCUUGCUCAUCCAAAGGUACACGAAACAAACCGGAACUUUGUCCGUACAUAUCUAAAGUACAUAUCGGAGGGCAUCAAUAUAACAUGCAAAGAAGAAUUUCACCAAAUUUUAAAGAAACAAUAUAAUAUAUAUUCAGUUGAGUUGGAACAGGACGGGUCAUCAUAGCUUUAGUUUUGUUGAAAAUAAUAGAAAAUAAUUGAAGGUUAAAGAUUUUUUCAAUAUAACAAAUAACAAUGACAACAUUCCAUUUAAUUUGUAUUGGCUGUACUCAAGAUCCAUGGUAUAUAAGAAAUCACGUUAACAUAAACUCCAGGAACGUUUGAUGUUCCACAACCAAUGCCCCAUGCAACUAGUCCUACAACGAAGUAACGGCCACCAAGAGGACAAACAAGUGGAGAUCCUCCGUCACCUGUGCAGGCAUCCUUUCCUAAUUCACCUCCUGCACAGACAAAGCUAGUAGAGUCUAGUUGGAAAGAUGCACCUAAUGUAGUAUUUCUUAAUACAGUCUCGCAAUCUUGGGAUGAUCGAAUAGGUACAUCAACCUUUUUCUGAAUUGUUUGGUAGUCACCAUUGACAAAGUCGUUCUUACCCCAUCCAGAAAUCCAACACCGCCUGCCAACAAAUGAUGUUGUGGGCAGACAAGCAGUAGUUAUUGUUGGAGUUGUGCCUAGAUUCACUGCAGACGACAGUCUAAGUACUGCAAUAUCAUUCUUAAGAUUCGAAGAGCUGUAACUGGGAUGAAUAGUAAUCCUAGUUACGGUAUAUUGCUGAGCUGGAUAUACUUCUGAUUCAGAAGAAGCAUCCCACUCUCCCAUGCGCAUCUUCAGUGUUCUAGAACCAGAUCUAAAGCUUUCACAAAUGAGAUUAAUGAAUCAAUCAAUAGUACUAAUAUACAUACACAUAAUCACUGACACGGUGAGCAACAGUCAAAACGUUUAAUGAAUCAAUGAGUACACCGGAUCCAACAUAAAUAUCACCAGGUCCAAGAAGUACCGCUUGCCAAGGAAAUUCACCGUAUGCUGCCUGGCCAGCGCCGGGUAGUCUGUCGGAGGAGGUAAUCGGUUGAAACCGCAAACCACAUUGGUAUUCACCCCACACACAGCACCGUUCUAAACCUGAUGCACAAACAGCUGGUGUCACUAUAUUCGGUGUUAUUCCUGUACCAUCAGUGGAUGUCGAAGACUGAAAGAAAAGCAAUAAAUUGAAAUCAAUAUUUGGAUGUAAGGUGUAAAAUGACAGAA